AAUUUCAGAUUCCAACAAAAAAAAACUUCGAUUCUGCUAAAUUGAAGGCUGUGGUGUGAUUUUUGAGAAAUAAAAAAUUAUAAAUUCGCAGAAAAAAAAAAAACAAUUCUUUUGCAAUUACUUUUAAAUCUUUUCGAUUAAAGUAUACUCAGUUACCAGUUUUAAUUAAAUUAAAUCAAACCUUUGCCAAAAUAGCGAAAAUAUGGGGGAACAACCAAUUUUUACAUGUCAAGCUCAUGUAUUUCACAUUGAUCCAAAAACGAAAAGAACAUGGAUUACGGCCAGCAUGAAAGCUGUUGCAGUUAGUUUUUUCUAUGAUUCCUCACGAAAUCUUUAUCGAAUAAUAAGUGUAGAAGGAAGUAAAGCAGUUAUCAAUUCAACGAUAACUCCCAAUAUGACAUUUACACAAACUUCACAAAAGUUUGGCCAAUGGAGUGAUGUCCGUGCCAAUACUGUGUAUGGUUUAGGUUUUGCAUCAGAAGCUGAAUUAACAAAGUUUGUAGAAAAGUUUCAAGAAGUCAAAGAAGCAACUAAAAACGCAAUGGCAAAGUCAUCUGCAAAUGGAAGCGCUGCAGCAACUCCUACAACAUCGGCAAAUACUUCGCCGGUUACAUCUCGCAGUGGUAUUAUGCAAAAUGACAAUGCUCCCAUGAUGGAGCACACGGUUGAGCCACCAAAUCUAUCGAAUACAAAUACCCAAAAUGCCAAUCCCGAUAGUCCUUCGCAUAAAAUAAUUCAAAGCAGCAAUAUUGCUACCAAUGAUAUCAAACCACCUAGUAGCCAGCUUGUGGGUGAUAUUGUGGGUGGUCAUAGUGGUGGUCCUGGAAGUGGUGGCGAACAGCAAUUGAAAUAUGAAAAUGAGAGACUCAAAAUGGCCUUGGCUCAAAGCUGUGCCAAUGCGAAAAAAUGGGAAAUUGAACUUUCAACUUUGAAAAAUAAUAAUAUCCGUUUAACCAGUGCUCUGCAAGAAUCAACAGCAAAUGUUGAUGAAUGGAAACGACAACUUCACACUUACAAAGAAGAAAAUAUCCGACUUAAAAGAGAAAUGGAUUCAACUAGACAAGGUGCAGCACCUGUUCCAGGUGGUAAUGAUAUAGCCGAAGAUCUUCGUAGAGAGAUUGGUUUGCUCAAAGGGCGAAUAGAAUCAUUGGAAAAAGAAUUAAUGAAUCAAGAAAUUGAACUAAAAGCAGCUAAUCGCAGUUUACUUGAUAAAAGCAGCGAACAAACUAUGGCAAAACUGGCCGAGCUUAAUCAGUUGUUUGGUAAACAUCUAUCAGAUCUUCUCGAUGUUCAAAAAGAUAUGGAUAAGUUAAUUGUGCCUUCAAAGAGUACUUGAGACAUGCAUUUAACUUUGAUUGAUAAGUUCUCUGAAUCUGAUCAAAUGGCUUCAAUGGAAAUCAAUAUUCAUAAAGGAAGCGGCAACUUCCCAGCUAUAGACACUGAAAAUACACUCUCGAAUGUAACAUCAAUCCAAUCACAAUUGCAAUCGUUAUAUGAUUGCAAUGAUACAUCAAAAAAUUGCUAUAAAUACAAUAAUUAUAAAAAUAUUAACAUGAACAGUUCGACCGAAAAACUUUUGAAAAUGCACGCAAGUAACAUAACGAACGAACAUUCAAUUCCUCCUCAUAUUAAUUUUCAAAAAUCCUUCGAUGAUAAUAACAGCUCUGUUGCAGUAGUUGGAGUUGGUGGUGGUGGAUCAAAUAAUAUUAAAAUGACACUAGAGACCCAACACCAUCAAAAAAAUCAAAAU